AUGGUUCCCGCCAGAAGUGGUGUUGAGAUGUCCGUUCCUGCCAAACCGUGGUCCGUGUGCGCUAGCAGUAUCGCGCGCAACACGCACAACCCUAUACGCGCCAUUGUGGAGGGGUUGCACAUACAACCGCAUCCCGACAAGCAAAUGAUCGCGCUGUCAAUAGGUGACCCAACGGUAUUCGGGAACUUACUUCCGCCGACGGAGGUAAUAGAGGCAGUGGAGGAGAGUCUACAUAGUCAGAGAUACAACGGGUACGCUCCUGCAUCAGGAUACCAGGAAGCAAAACAGGCUGUUGCUGAUUAUUCCUCUCAUUCAGGCCUGACUAUUAAACCUGAGGAUGUAGUGCUGUGCAGUGGGUGUUCCAGUGCUAUAGACCUGUGUAUAACAGUGUUGGCCAACCCAGGCCAGACUAUCCUGGUGCCUUGUCCAGGCUUCUCCAUCUACCGCACCUUGGCCGAGGGUCUGGGCAUCAACGUCAAGACUUACAAAUUGCUGCCAGAUCGCAACUGGGAGAUAGACACACAAGACUUGGAGAGACAGAUAGACCGAGACACAGUGGCUAUUGUGGUCAACAACCCGUCAAACCCGUGCGGAUCUGUCUACUCAGUGCAACAUCUGGAGUCAGUGCUGCGAGUGGCAGAGCGGCAGAGGGUACCUAUCAUAGCAGACGAGAUCUACGAACAUCUGGUUUUCCCUGGCAACAAAUACCAUCCACUGGCCUCCCUUGGUAGUAAUGUACCAAUAUUGUCUUGCAGUGGACUCACCAAAAGAUUUUUGAUUCCUGGGUGGAGAAUGGGCUGGAUAAUCAUCCAUGAUCGACAACAGAUCUUCGGACAAGAGAUUCGCCGAGGCCUCCAGAACUUGAGUAUGAGGACCAUUGGCAGCAACACUCUGGUCCAGGGAGCUCUGCCUCGGAUACUCAAACACACUCCCCAACAGUUCUUUGACAAGACAAUAAAAACGAUACAUACACAUGCUACGAUUGCUUUUAAGAUGUUGUCCGAAGUUCCUGGAAUACAACCUACUAUGCCUCAGGGUGCAAUGUAUAUGAUGGUGAGUUGAGUAAACCUGUGUCAGUUUCCAUUGAUUUCUUCAACCCUCGAAUUUGUGGAGAAAUUAGUAUCUGAAGAGUCGGUGUUUUGUUUACCAGGAGAGUGUUUUGGAUAUCCCGGUUACAUACGGCUAGUUCUGACUGUUCCACAACCACAGAUUAUUGAGGCUUGCCAUCGUAUUCAAAUGUUCUGCACCAGACACAUCAAUGAGAAAAGGGAAAUUGUCUUAUUCCACCCAUCGUUUAGUCUUCUGCGGCAACCAACCUCUGCCUGAGAAUACCCAUGUAAUAUACCGGUAUGAGGUUGAUAUAUUUCUUGAAAUUGAAAUUAGUUUUCAAGGACACCCCGGUAUGGUUGGCGAUUAAGUUACUGUUUUGCCGCAGUUAAUACCUCUUUUAGAGAAUGAUUUUUUUGCUAUGAAAGUAGUUGAAUUGCAUUAUUUACUGAUGGGGAUUUAUUUAGUGAAUCACCAAGUUGACGUUGUUUUUCUUUGGUUUGUGACAAACAUUAUCAUUACAAAUAAUGUACAUUACAGUACAUUACAAAUGUAUGCCUUUAGCACAUUUUUCAUAAUUUAAUACCUUUUUUGUUAUUCCUAUGAUUUAAGAUAAUUAUGGAGACGAGAAAAUGAAGAGGGGUAAAACUGAUGAAAGUAAAAAGUAUAAAAUUCAGAAUCUGCUUAUACUGUUUAUCACACAAAAUAUGUAGAAAUGACAAUUUAAACUCCAUUGUAUAAAUAGUUCUCCAAUGAUUAGGAUGGGGAUACAGCUAUACUCUGAACUUACUUUCUCUCUUCCUAGGACUUGUAUUUGGUAUAAAAGUUUCUUGCUAAGUUAGGUAUCUAUAAAAAUACAUUCUGAAAACUUGUGAUUUCUAUCUCGUACAACUUAGGUUAAUUUAUCUGAGGAAAAUAUUGUAGCCUGAAGUUUAAAUUUUGGACUAUUUUAACCCCAAGCAUUACUUUAAUUUGGUUUUUGCAAUCAAGUAUUAAAUGUUUAAGUAUAUUUAUUUUAUAAAAAUAAAACAUAUUUAUCUGCCAUAAUGAAUGCUAUAAGCUAGUUGAAUCUAAUUAAUUUUUUAACAUAAAAUUAGUACAGUAUUCAUAUUUGAGAUGUAAUAACUUGCUGUAGUUUGGGUUGAAGCUGCUAGAACAAGUAGAUUCUGUAUAAGUUAGUGACAAUUAAUAUUGUCAGUGUGCUUUAAAAAUAUGUUGAUUGAUAUUGUUUUACCUUUCAAUUAGGAAAUGCAAAAAUUUACUUUUCAACAUUUGCAUUGUUUGUUGUGCUAAAAUGUUUAACUGAAAUAAAGUCAAGUGUGAUUGAACUCCUCACUCUGAGCUUAUUAAUGUAUUAUGUAUUGUGAUAUAUUUAAACCAAAUUUUAUUAAGGAUUUGUAUUAAUUGUGUGUCAUUUAGUCUGUAUUAGAUUACAUAAGAAGAAUUUAGCAUUGUAAAUACAGUAUAAAUGUACAGAACUAGGAUAAUAGGGUGUUUUUAAUUUAAAAAGAAUAUGUGUUUAAAAAAACAUGCAUACUAGUGCAAUCAUUUGGAGUAAGCAGAGUAAUUUUUAUAAUGUGAUUUAGUUGAUAAGUUUAUUUUACAAUAAAUGUACUGGAACAUGAAUUGAAAACAUCAACAAUAAAAUAAUUUAAGGUGUGAAA